UUUCCAUGGUGCUGGUGUGUUUUGUUCGCAGCCCGGUAGUCCUCAGCAGAAACCUAAGCGUUUAAGGGUGCUGGCCGACGUGUCGGGGAGCAUGUACCGCUUCAACGGCGUGGACGGAAGGCUGGAGCGCUCCAUGGAGGCCGUGUGUAUGGUGAUGGAGGCUCUGGAGAACUACGAGCACAAGUUCAAGUAUGACAUAAUGGGCCACUCAGGAGACGGCUUCGACAUCGAGUUGGUCAAAGCAGACAGCAUCCCCAAGAACAACAAGGAGAGACUAAAAGUCCUCAAGACCAUGCACGCCCACGCCCAGUUCUGUAUGAGUGGCGACUACACCCUUGAGGGCACCGAUGCCAGCAUCAAGGAGCUGGCACAAGAGGAGGCGGAUGAGCACUUUGUGGUGGUGCUGAGUGAUGCCAACGUGGAACGCUAUGGCAUCCGGCCGGAGUGCUUCGCUCAGGUCCUGACCUCUGACCCUCAGGUCCAUGCAUUCGCCAUCUUCAUCGGUUCCCUUGGUGAUCAGGCUGAAAGACUCCAAAAGACCCUCCCAGCAGGAAGAUCCUUUGUUGCCAUGGACACCAAGCAGAUUCCCCAAAUCCUGCAGCAAAUCUUCACGUCUACCGUGCUGUCCAGUGUCUGAGGCACACGUGCACACUGUGCACGCACAAACUGAGGACCAGUUCUGUGCAGAGUCACUUUACUUCACAUGGAUCAGGACUUCAGAUCACUAAGAGAAUGUCUGUGAAGUCACAGAGGCCUUUAGGUCAGUUGUGUGUGUGUGUGUGUGUGUGUGUGUGUGUGUGUGUGUGUGUGUGUGUGUGUGUGUGUGUGUGUGUGUGUGUGUGUGUGUGUGUGUGUGUGUGUGUGUCAUAUUCACAUAAUGUGUGAAAUAAUGAAACAUGUCCUGUCCCGUUCUUCAUGAAGGUCACUCCGCCCGCUUUGAGGCUGCACCUCACUGUGUACCGUUAGUGUUUCAUUAACGUUAUACCGGCGGUCAUUUUCCAGGACAAACAGCUGGAACACUGAUGUAAACACAUCACUGUCACACAGGAGAAAAUUAUACAGCUGCUCGUGAUGAUGACAGUCCUGGUCUCUUUUUUAUGACCGCGCCUGAACGCAGCAUAGUGAAGCUCGUUCAGGUUGUCCCGCGUGCACACACUCUUAGCGUUAGCGUGUACAUUCUUGUUAAUUUAUCUGUUAAGUCCAUUAAACAAUGUACGAAAUGUUAAUAAAUCAUCUUAAGAUCGUUCCUGUCAUCAGGUCUGUUAUUAUUGAGAAGAAUAAAUCAUAAAAUUACUCU